UUUUUUUUAAUAGAAAAUGGAAUUUCGAUGUACUUAAGCGGAUCAUAAAAAUUAAUAGAUAAUUGGAGUUUGUAUAGAUGCCUAAUGCCAAUAUCAGAGACCUUAUUGUCAAUAUUGUAUAUUUAGUCACUCUUAACAUUAAGGUAAUAUAAUACCUUUAGAAUUUUUACCUAAUUGGAUGAAAGAAAGGUGUGAGGCUUUUCAAGUUAUGUAGAACAGCUUUUAAGAAUGCAAAUCAUCCCUUUAAUCUAUGAUAGAUUUAUUUAUUCCAUUAAUCAAUUUAAAUUCUGAAAAUUUAGGACUUUCUGAACUUAGUCAUAAGAUCAAGAAUUUUAGUUAAAUAGAAGCAUUGGAAAUGCUAUUUUAAAAUAAACUAAAGCAAUCUAUGGAUUAAGUAACAUUAAUAGCAAAUCAAAUAAAAAAAUAAAUGAAAGAUGUAGCAACUGAAAAACAACCACUUAAUGCUCUAAUGUAGACAAGUGAUUUAUAAAACACUUUGUAAAUUACGGUGUAAAAUUAGCAAAAAAAAUUUGCCUUUGUACUAAUUGAAUAGAAUUAAAUUUAUUAAACUGAAGGAUGUCGUGCAAUAGCAUUUAAUAAAGAUGACUCUAUUGUUCUAGCUGCUUGUGAUUAGCUAAUAAAAGUCUAUAAUUUUGAUAAAGGGAAGUUGAAUUAUACUUAAACCUUAAACGAACAUAAAAGGAAUGUAGUGACUUUGAAUUUUAUGAUGAAAUCCGAUAGAUUUGUAUCUGGGAGUUUUGAUAACACAAUUAUAAUCUGGUAGCAAGUCUAAUUUAAAUGGGUGAAGCAACAAUUAUUAACUGGACACACAAAUUGUAUUCUCUGCUUAUUAGUGAAUAAUAAAGAAGAUCUUGUCAUUUCAAGUAGUAAAGAUUGUACAAUAAAAUUUUGGGGAAAACAGAAUGAUUGGAUAUUAUAAUAAUCCUUAAAUGAACAUAAUAAAAGUAUUCAUUCAAUAAGCUUAAAUGAAGAAUAAAAUCAAUUGAUUUGUUGCUCGUUAGAUAAUAGCCUUUCAGUGAUUUAAUUACAAGAGCAGGGUUAGAGGUGGAUACUUAAAUAAUUAAUAGAAGUAAACUAAAAUGGAUAUCGAAUAUCUUUUAUAAAUAAUAAUUAGUUCGUGUAUUAACCUUAUUGUUCAGAAUUUAUGCAAGUGUAUGAUUUUGAUCAAUAAACUUUACAGUAUAAGAACACUAUUGAUAUUCCUGUAAAGUGUGAUUCACAGCAAGAUACUAGUUAUUUUCAAUUAUAGUAUUUAAAAUCAAAGGGAAUGCUAGUGAAUAAGAAUGGCAUGUUCAUAAAUAUCUUAAGGAAGUUAGAUGAUAAUUCGUUUGUGGUUGAAUAGCAUAUUCAAUUUAAUACGCAUGUUAUCUUUGGAUAACUAAGUUAGGAUGGAUGUUAUUUAAUAAAUUGGGAUAUGGAUACAAGAAAAAUAUAAAUUAGAAAAUAUAAAGAAUUAUGA